GAAUAAACCAAAAACAGAGCAACAAAAUAUCCAAAAGUGACACGGCAAAGCCAAAGCAAAGCACCUCUAAAAGCUAAACAGUCUGUUGUAAAAAUCACAAAAAUCUCCAUCAAAACAUUCUCAAUAUGAAUUAAAAUACUUUACUUAACACCCUUUAAAUAUCCAUCAAAAUCCACAAAUCUCUCUCUCAAACCAAAAAAAAAAACAAAAAAAAUCUCCUUUUCUCAAAAAAAAAUCACCAAUGGGUCUCUGUUUUACUAAACAAUGUUGUUGUCCACAUUAUAGAGAUGUCCCAAUUUCAUCAUCCCCUGAGUAUCAUCCAAUUCCAGUAGUAUCUCAAAAAUAUCCACAAGAAUCGUCACCAGCACCAGAACCAACACCAACACCAGCACCAGCACCAGCACCAGUACCAGCAUCGACUUAUAUGCCAACGCCAAGGACUAGUAAUUUCAUGUCAUCAACAACUCAAAUUGGUCCAAUAUUAGGAAAGCCAUAUGUAGACAUAAAAACACUUUAUGAUCUUGAUAAAGAAUUGGGAAGAGGUCAAUUUGGGAUAACAUAUCUUUGUAGUGAUAAAUCAAGUGGAUUGAAAUACGCGUGUAAAUCGAUUUCAAGGAGGAAAUUGGUAACACCAAAAGAUAUUGAAGAUGUUAGAAGGGAAGUUACAAUACUUCAAUAUUUAAGUGGACAACCAAAUAUUGUGGAAUUUAAAGGUGCUUAUGAGGAUAAAAAUAAUCUACAUUUGGUUAUGGAGUUGUGUUGUGGUGGUGAACUUUUUGAUAGGAUUACAGCAAAAGGGAAUUAUUCAGAGAAAGAAGCUGCAGGAAUUGGAAGACAAAUAGUGAAUGUGGUUCAUGUUUGUCAUUUUAUGGGAGUGAUGCAUAGAGAUCUUAAACCUGAAAAUUUCUUGAUGGUUAGUAAGGAUGAUGAUUCUCCAUUGAAGGCUACUGAUUUUGGGCUCUCUGUUUUCAUUGAAGAAGGAAAAAUUUACAAGGAUAUUGUUGGAAGUGCAUAUUAUGUUGCCCCAGAGGUGUUGAGGCGCAAGUAUGGGAAGGAGAUAGAUGUGUGGAGUGCUGGAGUUAUUUUGUACAUUUUAUUAAGUGGAUUUCCUCCUUUCUGGGCUGAGACUGAAAAGGGCAUUUUUGAAGAAAUUGUUAAAGGCCAAUUGGAUUUUGAAUCAUCUCCAUGGCCUUCUAUCUCUACCUCAGCAAAGGAUCUUGUGAGGAAAAUGUUAACAAUGGAUCCUAAAAAACGUAUCACUGCAGAUGAAGCCCUCCAACAUCCGUGGCUUAUGAAAGACGGUGAUGCAUCGGACAAGCCUAUUAAUAGUGCUGUUUUGUCAAGGCUCAAGCAAUUUAGAGCAAUGAACAAGAUGAAGAAACUCGCUCUUAAGGUUAUCGCGGAGAACUUAUCAGAAGAUGAAAUCAAGGGACUGAAGCAGAUGUUCAAUAACAUGGAUACUGAUGGGAGCGGUACAAUCACAUACGAUGAACUUAAAACAGGGCUAUCUAGGCUAGGAUCAAAACUCAGUGAAUCUGAAAUAAAACAACUGAUGGAUGCAGCGGAUGUUGACAACAGUGGGACUAUAGACUAUAUCGAGUUCAUUACUGCUACUAUGCAUCGACACAAACUCGAAAGAGAGGAGAAUUUGUAUAAGGCUUUCCAGUUUUUUGACAAAGAUAGUAGCGGAUUUAUCACAAGAGAUGAACUUAGACACGCGAUGGAAGAAUAUGGAAUGGGGGAUGAAGCUACAAUUGAUGAAAUCCUAGAUGAUGUUGACACAAACAAAGAUGGGCUAAUCAACUACGAAGAGUUUGUCGCGAUGAUGAGGAGAGGAACUGUUGAUGAAGUGAAGCCAAGAUGAAAAAAUUGACCAUUUCUUCAUCUAUAUGGUAGAGUUGCAAGCAUUUUCCUUGAAUAAGAUCCUCCUGUUGUGCAAAAAUUGUAAAAUAACAGCAGUUUCAAAGUUGGGAGAGGAGUGUUCAGUUCUUUGUACAACCAGAAACUUAUUUGAGUGAUAAAAAAUGUAACGAAGUGCACCUUUGCUUUAAGCUUUUACCAAUGUAAAAUUAAGUGAAAGUUAAAUAAAAGUACACACAAAAUCUUGUAUGUUG